UAAGAUGGCGGACGCGAGGGAAAAUUAGCGGCACGCGCGUCGCAGUAUCGUCGCAAAUCAUCGUCCGGACAGAGUGAAAGGGAUCGCCGUCGCGGCGAUCGCGAGAUCACGCCGUAAGCUCGUGAGAUUCCCCGCCGAUAGUAGUAUUACGCGAGGAAGCGCGUCGCGCCGUGACGUCACCGCGCGCGUCGUUCGCUCUCUCCUUUUGUCCCACCUGUUUUUCCCUCCCCCCUUCAACAUCGCGCGUACCGUGUGUGUGUGCGCGCGCGCGCGCGGUUGUGUAUGCGUGUCAUCUCCCUCUUUCGUUCGACGGGCGUUCGCUCGUUGGAGGUCGCGCGGGAGCGGUUCGUUCGUUUGUUUCGUUCGCAGAGCGAGCGAAGUGAGUCGAGUUGCACGCGAUCGUUUCGCGCGUGUGUACAAACGGUGAGAUUAUAACGGGUGUGCUCUCUCUUACGCGGUAUAGUGUACGGAAGACAUCGUUGAAAAGACAUCGGGCGCGGUGUGAGUGCAACACGCGGCGCGACGCGCGCAGCAGGUAGCCGGAGGAACGUCAGGUCGCGGACAGCCCGAGCGCCACCGGCUUGUUGUCAAGAUGGCGUCCAAGGGGAAGCUAGACACCGAGCAUGGCCGCUCAGACUCAUACAGGGUCGCCACGUUACCCAACAUUCGCGACGACAACAAAACCGCAGAUGGAAUGUAUAAGUCGCGGCGGAAGAACCCAAAGCGGAGGGGGGACAAUCUAGAUGACCUGAAGCAGGAGUUGGACAUUGACUUCCACAAAAUCUCACCCGAGGAACUGUAUCAAAGAUUUCAGACGCACCCCGAAAACGGCCUCAGCCACGCGAAAGCAAAGGAGAACUUGGAGAGGGAUGGGCCGAACGCCUUGACGCCGCCGAAGCAGACACCGGAAUGGGUCAAGUUCUGCAAAAAUCUGUUCGGCGGUUUCGCCCUCCUAUUGUGGAUCGGCGCAAUUCUGUGCUUCAUCGCGUACUCAAUUCAGGCCACGACCAGCGAGGACCCGAACGACGACAAUCUCUAUCUGGGCAUCGUCCUCGCGGCGGUCGUGAUAGUCACGGGUAUAUUCUCGUACUAUCAGGAGAGCAAGUCGAGCAAGAUUAUGGAGUCGUUCAAGAACAUGGUGCCGCAAUUCGCCACCGUGAUCCGGGAGGGUGAAAAACUCACUCUGCGGGCAGAGGAUCUCGUGCUCGGCGACGUCGUCGACGUCAAGUUCGGCGAUCGGAUACCGGCCGACAUCAGGAUCAUCGAGUCUCGCGGAUUUAAGGUGGACAAUAGCUCGCUGACGGGUGAGUCCGAACCACAAUCGAGGUCGCCCGAAUUCACGAACGAGAAUCCGCUCGAAACGAAGAACCUCGCGUUCUUCUCAACGAAUGCGGUGGAAGGCACGGCUAAGGGUGUAGUGAUCUGCUGUGGCGAUCAGACGGUGAUGGGAAGGAUUGCGGGUCUAGCAUCCGGUCUUGAUACCGGUGAAACGCCGAUUGCCAAGGAGAUACAUCAUUUUAUACACCUUAUUACCGGUGUCGCUGUCUUCCUCGGCAUCACAUUCUUUCUCAUAGCUUUUAUUCUGGGUUAUCAUUGGCUUGACGCCGUCAUCUUCCUAAUUGGUAUAAUCGUCGCGAAUGUACCGGAGGGUCUCCUCGCUACCGUGACCGUGUGCCUCACUCUGACCGCCAAGCGAAUGGCUUCGAAGAACUGCCUGGUGAAGAAUCUCGAGGCUGUGGAGACCCUGGGCUCAACCUCGACCAUCUGCUCAGAUAAGACGGGAACUCUCACGCAGAAUCGUAUGACGGUCGCGCACAUGUGGUUCGACAAUCAGAUCAUUGACGCCGAUACCACGGAGGAUCAGUCCGGCUUGCAAUACGACCGUACCAGUCCAGGAUUCAAGGCGCUAGCCAAGAUUGCGACUUUGUGUAAUCGCGCCGAGUUUAAGCCGGGUCAGGAUGGUGAACCGAUUUUGAAGCGAGAAGUAAACGGUGACGCUUCCGAAGCCGCGCUGCUCAAGUGCAUGGAACUUGCGUUGGGUGAUGUCAUGGGUAUUAGGAAACGUAACAAGAAAGUUUGCGAGAUUCCCUUCAAUUCCACCAACAAAUAUCAGGUGUCCAUACAUGAAUCGGAUGAUCCUAACGAUACUAGAUAUCUCUUGGUAAUGAAGGGUGCUCCCGAAAGGAUUCUGGACAGGUGCUCGACCAUAUUUAUCGGUGGCAAAGAGAAGGUUCUCGACGAGGAGAUGAAAGAGGCAUUUAAUAACGCGUAUCUGGAAUUGGGCGGACUCGGCGAACGAGUACUCGGUUUCUGUGACUACAUACUGCCGUCCGACAAGUUCCCGGUUGGCUUCAAAUUCAACGCCGACGAUCCCAACUUCCCGGUUGAAGGGCUCCGCUUCGUGGGCCUGAUGUCUAUGAUCGAUCCGCCGCGGGCAGCAGUGCCCGAUGCGGUCGCCAAGUGCCGUUCCGCCGGCAUCAAGGUCAUCAUGGUUACCGGUGACCAUCCGAUCACUGCCAAAGCCAUUGCCAAAUCUGUCGGCAUCAUCUCUGAAGGUAAUGAGACCGUUGAGGAUAUUGCGCAACGGUUAAAUAUCCCUGUAUCCGAAGUAAAUCCUCGUGAGGCUAAAGCCGCGGUCAUCCACGGAACCGAACUCAGGGAACUCAACUCCGACCAAUUGGACGAGAUUCUCAGGUACCACACCGAAAUUGUGUUCGCCCGUACCUCGCCUCAACAAAAGCUCAUCAUUGUCGAAGGCUGCCAGCGGAUGGGCGCGAUUGUCGCCGUAACUGGCGACGGUGUGAAUGACUCGCCCGCUCUGAAGAAGGCCGACAUUGGUGUCGCUAUGGGCAUCGCCGGUUCGGACGUCUCCAAACAAGCGGCCGACAUGAUCCUUCUCGACGACAACUUUGCCUCGAUUGUGACAGGCGUGGAAGAGGGUCGCUUGAUCUUCGACAACCUAAAGAAAUCUAUCGCCUACACUCUAACUUCGAACAUACCCGAAAUCUCGCCUUUCCUGGCGUUUAUCCUCUGCGAUAUCCCUUUGCCGCUGGGUACCGUCACCAUUCUCUGCAUCGAUCUGGGCACUGACAUGGUACCCGCCAUUUCGCUAGCCUACGAGGAAGCAGAGAGCGAUAUUAUGAAGCGACAACCACGAAACCCCUUCACAGACAAGCUAGUUAAUGAAAGUGGUGGAUGGCAGGUGCCGGCCAUCUCGCUAGCCUACGAGGCACCGGAGUCGGACAUUAUGAAACGGCAGCCACGCGAUCCUUACAGAGACAAUCUUGUCAACCGAAGGCUUAUUUCGAUGGCAUAUGGUCAAAUCGGUAUGAUCCAAGCCGCAGCCGGUUUCUUCGUCUACUUUGUCAUUAUGGCUGAAAACGGAUUCCUGCCCCUAUAUCUGUUUGGCAUCCGAAAGCAAUGGGACUCUAAGGCUAUCAAUGAUUUAACCGACAGCUACGGUCAGGAAUGGACCUAUAGAGACCGCAAAACGCUGGAAUUCACCUGCCAUACAGCUUUCUUCGUAUCGAUUGUAAUUGUGCAAUGGGCUGAUCUGAUCGUCUGUAAAACGCGCCGGAACUCGAUUAUUCACCAGGGAAUGAGAAACUGGGCUCUGAACUUUGGCCUCGUGUUUGAGACCGCCCUCGCUGCGUUCCUAAGUUAUACGCCCGGUAUGGACAAGGGUCUUCGUAUGUUCCCACUCAAGUUCGUAUGGUGGCUGCCAGCUCUGCCGUUCAUGUUCGCCAUCUUCAUUUAUGACGAGACGAGACGAUUCUAUCUCCGCCGGAAUCCAGGCGGCUGGCUCGAGCAAGAAACUUACUAUUAGACGCAAGGAGAAUUAAAUCACACGCAUGCAGAGCGCGCACGCAAGAGGACGAGUGAACGGACGAGAGAGCGAGAGAAAGAGAGCGAGAAAGAGAGAGAGAAUGAUGAUGAGAGAGAAUGAGACGCAUACUCACACCUGAAAGAUAUACACCUGAAAAAAAAGAAAAAUAAGUAAAUCACUCAUGUUGAACAGAUAUAUAACACUUUUCACAUGGAAUGUGCUACUGGGUCUGUCCGAGUCACGUGUCGAGAGAGCAAUGGAUGGAUAACGAAGGAUGAUGCGCAAAAAUUCGCGCUUGCUCUCACGACGAGAAAGAAGGCGCUAUUUCUCCGCGACAUGGAGAAGACCCUUUAGCGCUAUAGAUACAGCGCGAGAUACAAAGAGCACGCUCGUUGUUCUGGCUUGCCGCCAACAAUCGCUUGCACGCUUGCGUGCGAAGUUUCAUAGUCUCAAAAAAUUGAUCCGGUGUUC